AUGUCUAUUUUCGCACCUGCACCGAAGCCCGCAAGCUUGCUGGGCUACCACCGAGUGUUGGCGCCAUCCGCAGGUAUAAAGGUCUCGCCCCUAUGCCUCGGGACAAUGAACUUCGGAACUACCUGGAAAGAUUUCAUGGGUGAAUGCAGCAAGGAGCAGUCAUUUGCACUACUCGAUGCCUUCUACAAACUGGGCGGCAAUUUCCUGGACACGGCAAAUAACUACCAGCAGGAGGAAUCCGAGAUUUGGAUAGGAGAAUGGAUGAAAGAGCGCCGUAACCGUGAUCAGAUGGUCAUCGCAACCAAGUACACAACUGGCUUCCGCACUUCGCAUCGCGACACCGAGCCAAUUCAAUCUAAUUUCGUGGGCAACUCCAUUAAAAGCAUGCGGGUCUCGGUCGAGCGUAGCCUCAAAAAGCUACAGACCGAUUACAUCGAUCUCCUGUAUGUCCAUUGGUGGGACUUUACCUCAUCUGUCGAAGAGGUCAUGCAUGGACUAAACAACUUGGUCAAUUCGGGCAAGGUUCUCUAUCUCGGUGUUUCUGACACCCCAGCUUGGGUGGUUGUAAAGGCAAAUGAAUAUGCUCGGGUUCACGGGCUGCGGCCUUUCUCUGUUUACCAGGGGAAAUGGAAUGCUGGCUUCAGGGAUCUUGAAAGGGAGAUUAUCCCUAUGUGUCGGGACCAGGGUAUGUCAAUUGCGCCAUGGGCACCGCUCGGCCAAGGCAAAUUCAAGUCCUCGGAGGCGCGUAGAGGCGUUAACGAAGACGGAAGUGGCCGAGCUUCUAACAUGAGCGAGGAUGAUAUCAAAAUAUCUGAUGCGUUGGAGAAAGUCGCUAAACGAAAGAACACUACUCUCCAUGCAAUCGCACUCGCCUACGUGAUGCAUAAGACACCAUCUGUUUUCCCCAUUGUCGGUCAGCGGAAAGUUGAGCAUCUCAAGGCCAACGUGGAAGCAUUGAGUGUGAGCCUUUCUGACGAAGACUUGGCUGAGAUCGACAGUUCAUCCUCGUUCGACAUCGGAUUCCCAAUGAACUUCAUAUUCCGUGACUCUUAUACAACAAAUAGCACUGCCGCCGAUGUCUCUUUGACCCGGGUGUCGGCUCAUAUCGAUGCGCUCCCGAAUCCUUCCCCUGUACGACCUCGUCACUUGGUAUAA